GGCAGGAAACCAAGACAGGCAAUUUCAAUAUAUUUAUCCUCUAUUGUUUUAAGCAUAAUUUGCGUAUUUCUCCUCCCUGAGCCUAAAUGGCAGGCUCAGGCAGGUGGUGCUGGUUGGCGGUGGUGAUUUUGGUUGUAUCCGUAUCAAAACCUGCGUUCUCCGACCCACAAACAAACCAAAUAGGCAACCUGGGUUGCAGCGCCUACAAUAUUACCGAUGCGCGUGGGCCAGAUUAUAUCAGGGAAAUCAACCUCAGCUUUGCUGAUCUGAGAAACCAGUUAUCCAGCGCCAACAAACGCUUUGCCACCUCCACUCAGUUGACUGUCUACGCAAUGGCACAGUGCAGAAAGUACCUCUCCACUGCGGACUGUGUCGCCUGUUUCGAUGCCGCAGUGUUAGUAACCCGAAACUGCUCCAUCGCCACCAGCGCUGCUAUUGUCAUAUUUGAUGGCUGCUCCCUAUGGUACCGCGAUAGUUACUUCUACGACCAGAUUACAGAUCAGGUUACAGGAGGAACCUAUCGAGUUUGUGGUAAACAUGAUAUUUUCAAUGCGACAGCAGCACAACAACUACUAAAUGAGCUUCUACUUGCAACGCCCAAAAUUAAUGGCUUUUACGCUGCAGCAAAGCUGCAGGAGGAAUCUCCUGGCGGUGCUACCACCUAUGCGGUGGCGCAAUGUGCUGAAACCGUGAGCGAAAGCAGCUGUAAAGAUUGUUUGUCAUUAGCUUACAAUAACAUAAAGGAUUGUUUACCUAAUUCUGCGGAUGGAAGAGCUGUGGAUGCAGGAUGUUUCUUGAGAUAUUCAGACACCCCUUUUUUUGCUGAUAACCAGACAACUGACAUAACACGCUUCCUAGGAAGAGGGAGUUCAUCAGGAAAGAAGAAGCCUAUUAUUGUUGCGGGUGUAGUCGGUACUGUAGGAAUCAUUUUGGUGUUAGGAGCCCUUUUCCUUUUCUAUUGGCAAUCAUGGAAGGCAAACGCUUGGAGAAGAGGCAAUAUUUUGGGGGCAAAGAACUACAUAUAUAAAGACUUGAAAGCUGCAACAAAUGAUUUCAGCCAAGAAAAUAUACUGGGCAAAGGAGGGUUUGGCUAUGUAUAUAAGGGCACCUUACAAAACAAGGAUGUGGUGGCAGUAAAGAAACUAACAACAAUUUCUAGUAGAGCAAAGGCAAACUUCGAGACUGAAAUUUGUCUUAUUACAAAUGCGAAUCAUCCCAAUCUCAUUCGUCUAUUGGGAUAUUCUGGCAAUGGAAAAGUGCUCAUAUUGGUUUAUGAAUACAUGGCGAAUGCCAGCCUUGACCGAUACAUAUAUGGAGAGAAACGGGGAAUGCUGAAUUGGAAGCAAAGGGUUGAUAUAAUAUUGGGUACAGCUAGGGGUCUUGCCUAUCUGCAUGAGCAGUUUGAUGUAUGCAUCAUACAUAGAGACAUAAAAUCUAGCAAUAUACUAUUGGAUGACGAAUUCCAACCCAAAAUAGCUGAUUUUGGUUUGGCAAGGCUUUUACCAGAAAAUAAGAGUCAUCUUACAACUAAAUUUGCAGGGACUUUAGGAUAUACGGCACCAGAAUAUGCAAUUCAUGGCCAUCUAUCAGAAAAAGUUGACAUUUACAGUUUUGGCAUUGUCAUCCUGGAGAUCAUCAGUGGGCGAAGGAGUAGUGACUUACAAGUUGAGCCUGUAACUGAGUAUCUCCUUCAACAGGCAUGGAAAUUGUACGAGAAUAAUGAACAUCUAGGACUGGUGGAUAGUACUUUAGACCCGAAUGAGUAUGAAGCAGAGGAAGUGAAGAGAACGUUGGAAAUAGCAUUGGUGUGCACCCAAUCACCUUCCAAUAUAAGGCCAAGCAUGUCAGAAGUGGUGACCAUGCUUUCAAGUACUGAUGCCUCAAUCAUUCAAAAACCCCAAAACAGGCCUACCAUUAUUACUGAUUUCGAUAAGAGGAAACCUACAAACACUUCACCACUUACCCAUGCCACCAUUUCAUUUUCUCGUUUCUCAGGCCGCUAGCUACGCCUAUUUUUAUCUAGAUAGCUUGUGAUGUGUUUGUAUUUAUUUAUUUAUAGAUUUUUUUAGAGCAAAUACCUAUUUUGGUCUGACGAAUAUUCGUAAAAAUGACAAUUUUGGUCUACAUAUUUAAUUCUUACCAAUUUUCAUCAA